AUGCUGUGUAUUUACAUUCUGAUCAUUGCUGGCGUUGGAGCAAAUGUUAUCUCUGGAUUGCCCAGUGCUCCAUACGAUAUUCGAGUUGAUCACUAUAAAGUUGAUACAACAAAAGAUUUAGUGAUCAAUACUGAACGUCCUCGAUUUUCAUGGAAAUUAUCAAUAUCAGAACAAGAACGAAAUGUGCAACAGGUAGCCUAUCAAUUAGAAAUUAAAUCACAUAUAAUUCGAUGGGAUAGCAAACAAGUGAUAUCAAAUCAAUCAAUUCAUGUAUCCUGCAUAGGACUCAACGAUCUUCAGCCAGCCAGUUUUUAUCAAUUUCGUCUACGCGUUUGGACAACACAAUCGAAUCAAGCUAGCUCAUGGACACGUUGGAUUUGUUUUCGAACAGCAAUAUUUAACAUUCCUUCAUACAUCAAGAGUAAAAAUGACAGUUUAAUGUGGAUUGGCUCAAAUCAAAUCACUAUGAAUGAAUUGCGCAAAGAAUUUCAAGUAUCGAAUAGCAGUCCGAUUCACUCGGCCAUAGUUUAUUUGUCCGGUCUUGGCUAUUAUGAAUUGUAUGUUAAUGGAGAUAAAAUUGAUUUGAGUCGAAAGUUAGAUCCGGGUUGGACAGUAUAUGAAAAACGUACAUUAAUGGUUUCUUUUGAUCUAUUAUCAACUAUCAAAUCUGGUAUGAAUGCAGUAGGUGUCCGAUUGGGUAAUGGUUGGUACAAUCAAGAACAAUAUACACCACCUGUAGCACAGAAACCAAACUACGGUCCUCCUCGUUUUAUCUUCUUCUUGCAAAUUAUUUUCGAAAAUGGUAACGAAAUGCAAGUCUACAGUGAUCCAACAUGGGUAGGCCGUCAAAACGCCAUUCUACACGAUAGUAUUUACAAUGGUGAAUUCGUUGAUUGUCGUUAUGAUCGUCCAAACUGGGCCGAUGCAGGAUUUAAUGAUUCACUAUCGUUGUGGAUACCAGCGGAACCGAUGCUAUCGCCAGUCAACGAAACAUUACACGGACGAAUUGUGAUGCAAGAUAUGCCUCCGAUUCGUGCUGGACCUGGCGCAUUGCAUUUUGAAGUGACGAAUAGACCUAUCGGUGAAUAUUUGUCCCCGAAUGAUAUUCAUGAAAUACAAGGUGCUCUGUUAACAGAAACUGGAAUACUUAAACCGAUUGCUACAUGGUCACCAACAAUAGGCGUUCAAGUAUUCGACGUAGGCCAAAAUAUAGCUGGAUGGUGCCGAUUCACAGUUCGAGGUGCACGAGGUGUAGGGAUUUAUAUACGUCAUGGAGAAGUUUUGACUCAACCAACUGUGCCGACGAAUCAAUCAUAUAAUGAAGUCUAUACUGAAAAUCUGCUUGGCGCCACACAGUCUGACACUUACGUUCUACGUGGAGAUCCCGCUGGGGAAACGUAUGAACCAAUUUUUACCUAUCACGGUUUUCGAUAUGUUUCGAUUCUAAAUUUACCAAAUCCGAUGACUCUUGACGAUGUUGAAUGUCUUGUUGUUCAUAGUGAAACAACUUUGAAAGGUCAUUUUAUCUCAAGUAAUCCAAUCAUCAACCAGAUUCAACACAAUAUACAAUGGAGUCAACUGAAUAAUCUCAUGUCAUUGCCUACAGAUUGUCCACAAAGACAAGAACGAAAAGGUUGGAUGGGUGAUGCUGCAUUAACAGUGAAUGAGGCGUUAUAUAAUUUUGAUUUAAUCAAAUUAUAUUUGAAUUUUCUAAAUUCGAUUGUUGAUAGUCAGGGAACUGAUGGAGCUGUACCGGACACUGUACCAUUCAGUGAUGGUGACUAUCCGUCAGAUCCUAAUUGGGGUACUGCUCUGCCGACAAUUGCCUGGCAACUCUAUCGUCACUAUAUGGAUGAUCAAGUACUCUCCGUUUUCUAUUCAAACAUUCGUGCUUAUGUAGAAAGUGUACGUCGCGGUUACCAAUCGACAGGCUUAGCAAACCUUUUCUAUUCUUAUGGUGAUUGGGUUCCACCUCCACCUCAACCAAGAUCAAAUAGCUCUCUUGUUUCAUCAUUUGCAUUUAUGCAUGAUAUUUCAUUGAUGAUCAAUAUAUCACAAAUACUCGGUUAUCACAAUGAUACAGAGGCCUAUUCAAAAUUCUAUCAGCAAUUAGCCAACGAAUUUCAUCAAGUUUUCUUCAAUCAUACAUCUUAUUUUUAUGCUGAUGGCAUGCAAACAGCACAAAUACUUGCUUUGACUCUUCCAAAUGUGGUGCCAGAUAAUGUUCGUAAAUCUGUAUUUGAAUAUUUAGUAUCAGAUAUUGAACGAAAAGGUAAUCAUGUCUCGACAGGAAUUAUUGGUACAGCUCAACUCUUUCCGCUUCUUUCUGACAAUGGAUAUCAUGAUCUAGCACUUGAAUUGGUUACGUCGACUACUUAUCCAUCCUACGGUUAUAUGUUCAAUAAUCCAUACGAGAAUGCUACUACAUUAUGGGAACUUUGGGAUGUACCAUUCGAAGGGCCGGGUAUGAAUUCACGCAAUCAUAUUAUGUUUGGAAGUGUUGGUGCUUGGUUUUAUUCCCAUUUGGCCGGCAUCGAUUUAACUUUGGACUCUACUAUUAUUAUUUGGCCACGUAUGGCAUCAGAAAGUAAAAAGCAUCUCUUACUCAAACUUGAUUGUCAAUUGAAUACUUUGUAUGGGCUUGUUCAUGUGGCAUAUAAUCGUGAUGUACACGACACAGCAGCCAAUUCAAUUCAACUUCGUCUAACCGUUCCGCCCAAUGCUAAAGCUCGAAUCAUAUUUGAGCCUUUGUUUUCCGGUGCUCGAUGUGUCAAAUUAAUGGAAGGAGAUAAAUUGAUAUGGUCGGUUGAUCCAGAAUAUACUACUGAAAAAUAUCCAAUAGAAAGGCAAAUUGAUCGUGGUCUAAUGAUCGUUCACGUUGGCUCUGGCCAGUAUGAAUAUCAAGCCUAUUGGGAAUAG